AUGGCACACUUCAUCGUUCACGAUUAUAUCCUGGGUGAAUGGAAUGAAGAAAGCCACAACGACAUUGGCGGUUGGUUUGACCCUGAAAGAAUAGUGUGUACUACACCGCAUCACCCCAAGGGCUUGUGCGAAGCGCGGCGACAAUUCUGGCUGGAAUAUAUGCACAGCAGUUUGCGAGACUGGGCGUACCACAGGGGACCAUCAGAGUUCAAAGGCAAGGGAGAUGGCAGUGGCUUUAUUGUGUCAGUUAAGGACCUUAGCGUAACAACUGCGUAUGACCGUCGGGUGCCACCCCUUCCAUGGACUUACAAUGGUCGGAAUAGCUUUCAUCGCGCCAUAUGUCAUCAAGAGGGAGCAACAAUCAAAGAUAUGUUGAAGGCCAUUGAGAGAGAUAUCAAUGAGUCCUGGGGAAUCUCAUUUUGGGAAACUCAUAGCAGUGACUAA